AUGGGCAGAAAGAGAAAAGCUGGGGCUGCUGAAGCUGAAAUCAUGCUGAAGCAGGAGCAACAAAGAGAAGGAAGUGACGAGUUCCAUGAUGAUGGUGAUAAUCAGGUGGAGGAGGAUGGUAUGGCGUGGGAUGAAAUGGUGAGUGAAGCAACAGGAGGAGGAGGGAGGAGAGGGAGGAAGAGGUUCGUGGGAGUGAGGCAAAGACCAUCCGGGAGAUGGGUUGCAGAGAUCAAGGACACAAUUCAGAAGAUCAGGGUAUGGUUAGGUACCUUCGACACGGCUGAAGAAGCUGCAAGAGCUUAUGACGAAGCCGCCUGCUUACUUCGUGGCGCUAACACGAGGACCAAUUUCUGGCCCUCUGCUGAUCCUCAUCGUCCUCGCCACUCUUCUACCUCCUCUUCCUCAUCCCCAUCACAGCCUCCUGCAUUGCCUUCCAAGAUCACCAACCUUCUCCUCCAGCGCCUCAAUGCUCGAAACACCCACCGUCAUCUCUCUUCCUCCUCUUCCAGGGUUGUCAACAAGCAGCAGCAGAAGCAGCAACAACAAUUCGUAAGAGGAGGACAAGAAGAUCAAGUCGAUGAAGAAGAUGAUGAUGAAGCAGCCUCAUCUGAAUUCACAGGUUUCUUCAACCAUUUCACUAACGCCAACCCCAUCACCAGUAUUGGGACAAACACAACAACCAAUCAUCCUUACAUGACAGCAAGCAUUGCAGAAUCACCAUCAACUAUGAGCGAUGAUAGAAAGGGAGAUUUUUGCUAUGAUAUUGUGAAUGAGGGCUCAGCAACAGCAGCAGCAGUCACAGCAUUGGAUUCAGACAAUUGUCAUAAUAGUAACUUUCACCAGCCAGUCUAUUCCAAUGCAGUACAGCAACAUAUGGGUGAUCAGUUAAUUGAUCAGGGUGGUGAUUUGGAUUUGGAUAUGGAUUUCAAUUUCGUCAACUAUCUUGGAGCACCCUCCGCAGCUGCAGCAGCUCAAUACUCUCCGUUCGAGAUCGCUCAGGAGAUUCAGGAGGAGCCUGUGCUGGAACCAGAUCAUCAGAGCAACAGCAACAAUGGCAUUGAUGACGACGAGCCAUCAAUGCAGCUGAGAGCAGCAAUGAAGCGGAUGAAGUACGAGAGGAAGUUCUCGGCUUCUCUGUAUGCUUUCCACGGGAUUCCAGAGUGCUUGAAGCUGCAGCUUAGUGGGUCGGUGUUAUCAUCUCCGUCUGAACAGUUAUCCAGCCUUCAGAAUGCCUGCAGAAGGAACAACAGAGAAGUGAGUCAUGAAAUAGAACAGAGGGCAUUGGCAAAAGAAGAUAAAGAUGAAAGCUUUAUUAUGGCAGAUAAACAUCAGAAGAACCCAGAAAGCACCACAGGUGAAGAAUCAACUCUAUGGAGCUCUCUUGAUCUGCAACCAAUCUGCUACGUCUCAUAA